UCAUGACUCACCACCAUGCCUCAAUCCUUUCUCUUUUCUGAUAUUUUCCUCACUGCAUAAUUUUUCCCCCUUUUUUUCCCUCUCUUGGGAGAGAUUGAGAAAAAGAAAAUAGCACAUGGCUGAUUCAUUCGAUGAAGAGUGUGAUUAUCUGUUCAAGGCUGUUCUUAUUGGAGACUCUGGCGUUGGGAAAUCAAAUCUUCUCUCCAGAUUUGCAAAAGGUGAAUUUCGUUUAGAUUCAAAGCCCACCAUAGGUGUUGAAUUUGCUUACAGGAAUAUAAGGGUUGGUGACAAGCUCAUCAAGGCUCAGAUAUGGGACACGGCAGGCCAAGAAAGGUUUAGAGCCAUUACCAGUUCAUAUUACCGUGGAGCAUUAGGUGGCUUGCUGGUGUAUGACAUAACCAGGCGAGCAACGUACGAGAAUGUGAAGAAAUGGCUGCGGGAGCUCCGACAAUUUGGAAGCUCAGACAUGGUGGUUGUUCUUGUGGGUAACAAAUCUGAUUUGGGUAACUCGAGAGAAGUCAGCGAGGAAGAAGGAAAAACUCUUGCCGAGGUAGAAGGUUUAUGUUUCAUGGAAACAUCUGCAUUGCAGAAUCUGAACGUGGAGGAAGCAUUUCUGCAUAUGAUUACAAAUAUCCAUGAAAUCACAAGCCAAAAAAGUUUAGAAGCUAAAACUAAUGAAAAAUCCGUAAGUCUUGGUAGUGGAGAAAAAAUUAUCAGUAUUAAUGAUGAAGUAACGGCUACUAAACAAUCAAGUUUUUGUUGCUACAAGUAAAGAGCUGAGUAUAGUAAGAUUUGGACGGUUUUUAUUUUUAUUUUUUAUUUUUAUCUCUCAUGUAUUCUUACAUACAUGCCUUUUCUUUCUCUUUGGCUU